GCAGUAUCAAAUGGCAAGUAAGUGCUGGAUAUGUGAAGAAAAAUUACACGAAUCAGGAUACAAUAAAAUUCGUAUAUUUGAUCCAGAAACUAAGAAAUAUUUAGGAGCUUCACAUAGAAAAUGCCACGGGAAAAAGCCAAUAAUUCAAGACGAGGAAAAAAAUAGAGUGAUAGAUCAUGACCAUAUUACGGGAAAGUUUCGAGGGCCAGCGCACAGUGGUUGUAAUCUGAAAUUACGAAUCGAUCCAGAAACAAUAAAAAUUCCAGUACUAUUUUGUAAUGGGAGUGGCUAUGAUUUUCAUCAUCUUAUGCAAGAAAUAGCUAAAGUGACGGAUGAAAAAAUAGUACCUAUAGCCAAUAAUUCAGAACAAUAUAUUACUUUCUCAGUUGGCCAGCUUCAAUUUAUUGAUAGCAUAAAAUUUUCGUUACCAGGUUUAGCUAAAAUGGCAGAAAAUUUACGUGAUGAAAAGAAGG